CUUUUAUUACGAUUUGGCAUAGCAUGGCACCCAGAAACAAAAUUACAUUGGGCUUAUCCCAGCAUCAAAAAAGUCCAUCAUGGUUUUGGAUAUUAUAUCACACUCAAGAAAAAAAUUGCUCUCUUACUUGAGAAAGGAGGCUAUAAAGCAACAUUUCGAGGUAAUGCUACCUAUCGCUCAGACAUGACACAACAUAUCGAGACAACACUCUUUCAACAAGCAUGGUAUGAAUUCAAACAACAUCCCAUAGAUACAUAUGAUCUUUUAGUACCCCAUUCUUCUUCUGAUUGGAUACCAGCACAACAUAGGCAUCCUAUGGGCUAUCAAUGUAUUCUCGUAUUUGAUUCUGUUCUAUCCAACACACCGAGUUUUCAUCAGGUUCAGCUCAAAGACACAAUACAAAAAAAUGUACCUUGUUAUCAUGUACAUCAGUUUUGGUCUACUCAGGAGACAGAUCAUAUCAAACAACAUUUUGGUCAGUCUCCAGUUGUGUUGGGUGUGCCUAAAUCCAUAGAGACUGUACAAUUAAGCAUUGAUUUAUGGCGAUGUCAACAAUGGCUUUAUUAG